CUGGUGCAACGUUGCCUGGAGACGGCUGGUGGUCCCGCACUAGGCGAGAGUCGAGAGGGCUGUUAGAGGAAGCCGAGCCAGACCCAGCAGGGCCAAGGCCAUGGCCGGACGGCAAAAGGUGAUAGCAGAUGAAGUCCAUCAGAACCAGAUCUUGCGGGAAUUGUACCUCAAAGAACUACGAACCCAGAAACUCUACACGCAGUAUCACGUGAAUCCCCUGCGCAAGGUUCACACGAUCACCAGAAAGCCCAUGUCUUGGCACGAUAACCUGGAGGAACCUGAAGAUGACAGGUUUCUGAAUCUUAUUCACCAUGCUUCCCAGGGACCAAGGAUGAAAUACUCAGAGACACAGACUGAAAGCCACGAAAUUGGAUGGGACUCAGAUCCCUUGGUCAACCCAGAACGCAAUGACCACAGGCUGAACCACUUCAGGGUCUACAAAGACAUCACUCUGUACAAAGCUAAAAUGUGGAGCCUGGGAGAAGAUGAUCGCCACAAGUAAUUUUCCAGCAGUGGUGUCAACCAUCUUUAAUGCCCAAAGUGUGUGCUGUCCAGAUCAAUAAGUUACUUUAAAGCCUAAACUUCUA